AUGCCAGACAAGUGCAAAGAGCGAGAGAGCUUGGCGGCUGCGGGAAAUCCCGAUGUGCCCGAUAUUCCUGUCUUGGGAAUUCGAGGCCGCCUCUGCUUUCGCUGCUUCAGUCCUUCCAAAGGCAUCCUGAAAUGCGGAGGGUGUAAAAGGGCCUAUUACUGUUCCAAGCAAUGCCAAAAGCUUGAUUGGGCUGCACUCCACAAGAACCAUUGCAAGAUCUUCAAGACUAUCAAUGACUUUGAAGAGCAGCAGUACAAGGACAUGCGUACUUGGUCCGAAUACAGUGCCUGUCUGACCGUCAGGAUAAUUCGUAAUGCCGCCCCGGCCGAUGAAGCUUUGCGCUACAUCAUCCAAGCCCAAGCCUAUUGUGCUUUAUGUCGCCGGACCGCAGUCCAGCUUGCAAAUCGUGGGGUUGCACUCAAGAGCUGCGAUAAAUGUCAGAUGGUCUCGUUGUGCGCAGAUUGCCCGGACGAGCCUACGCAUACACCUUCCGUCUGCGAGUCAUAUGUCGAGUUCGUGAAAAUUGAGAAUUUCCGCAUCAAUUUUUUCGAGGACACCGGCAAAGCUUCACCGGUAACAUGUACGCAGUUCCCCAAAAAUGGGAAAAAACCACUGGCCAAUUCGACCGGCUGGCACGACUAUUUUGUGCACAUCUCCGACAAGCCCCAGAUUGAGGGCAUCAUCACACCUGACUUCCGUGGCCUCGUGGAUUCGUCGGGCCAGGAGGAUCAGGAACGCAUGCGGCUUUUUCUUCUUUGCGCGACGGACAAUCUUACCAUGCCUCUCACUAUUAUGGCAGCCCUCGAGGACAUUGCUUGCAACAAAGCGCACCUGAACAUCCACAUUGUCGGUGCAACUGGCCGCGAGGUAACUGCUUUGGGUAAUUUCGAGGAAUUGUUUCACCUCAAUCCUGCCUACAAAGCUUUGCACAUCACUGCCAUAGGGCCAGGUCUAAAUUUCAAGGCCGAGACGAGUCAAUCAGCUCUCAUCCCCAAAACCGAGGUCAAUCCCUGCUCCGCUUGUAAAGCCGAUGGUAGGAAACGAACUAUUUCCAUCUAUAAGGGGCUCUACCAUGACUUUAUGACGAUACCGGAAUACGAAAAGCCAGACCUGGUCGUCAUGUUCAAUAGUGGUUGGGCAGAUGGAGACGAUGCCGUGUCAGACUGGGCACCGACAAUAGAAACAGUGCUUGAAGCAGAUUUGCCUGCCGUCUUCACCACAUACAACAAACAAGAAGCAGAUCACGAAUGCCGGAAGCUCAAGGAGAUGGGCGCCAAGUUCGUGGUACCUGUCGGUGCAAAUAAGUGGUCUGGUUUAAUGCCUACUCCCGAAUUUAUUGACGAAGAAUACGACUUGUGGUUCCAGAAUGCCUACAGAUAUGUUAUUCAGGGGAGGGACAGUCAGUAG